AUGCGGAUUCUGGGUGCAUCACAUGCCUUAAGGCGAUUGUGCCUCUACUCACGGCGAGGCUACGCUGCCGCCGUCCCACAGAGAGAGUUUAAAAAGGUAAUGGUGGCAAAUCGAGGAGAAAUAGCUAUCAGGGUAUUUCGAGCUCUUUCCGAACUGAACAUCAAAUCAGUUGCAAUAUAUAGUGAACAGGAUAAGCACUCGGUGCAUCGAUUGAAAGCGGACGAGGCAUACUUAGUUGGCAAAGGCCUACCACCUGUUGCUGCGUAUCUCUCAAUUGAUCAAAUAAUUGACACGGCUCUAGAGCACGGUGUGGAUGCUAUCCAUCCUGGUUAUGGUUUCUUGUCUGAGCGAGCUGAUUUCGCACGGGCCUGUAAUCAAGCGGGAAUAUGUUUCAUUGGCCCUAGUCCAGAUGUCAUUGCACGUAUGGGAGACAAGGUAGCUGCCCGUCAAGCAGCUAUUGAAGCUGGUGUGCAGGUGGUUCCUGGAACCUCUGGGCCAAUCACUGCGGCCAAGGACGCGGUCGAUUUCGCCGAACAUUAUGGAACACCCAUCAUCCUGAAAGCUGCUCACGGUGGUGGUGGACGCGGCAUGCGCAGAGUUGACAAACUCGAAGAAUUAAGUCUAUAUACUAAUCUAAUUAAGUAUCUACAUGUUGAAGACUCGUUCCAACGCGCGUUAUCCGAAGCUCAAGCAGCUUUUGGAGAUGGAUCUCUAUUCGUUGAGAAGUUCCUAGAACGCCCCCGACAUAUUGAAGUGCAACUUUUAGGUAUGUUUGAAAGGUGUUCAUUGGUUCCAUAA